GUGUGUGUGUGUGUGUGAGCGCGCGCGUCUGCUUCAGCGUCCUUAUCUCCAGUGAACCAAUCGUGACCCUGAACCUGAGGUGCUGUUGGAUCCAGGUGACUCCUCCCACCUGUACAGGAAAAUACCGUACCGUCAGCUGAGCAGAAGCUUUUUUUGUGGUGACAACGCAAGUGUGCUGCAUCAGGCUCCUCCCACUGGUGACAUCGCAGCUGUGUGGAUAUAAAGAGCGAUGAGCGGCAGAGGGACCUGCGCGUCAUGUGGUGUCGAGGUUUCCUGCAGCAGACGGUCAGACAUGUUUCCAGCAGGCAGGCGGGCGUCAUCUUCGAUGUGGAUGGCGUCCUGGUGCGUGGGUCCGCCGUGAUCCCAGCUGCUCGGCGAGCUUUCAGGAAGCUCCUGGACAGUAACAACAACUUCCUUUUUCCCACUGUCUUCGUCACCAAUGCAGGAAGCUGCCAGAGACACCACAAAGCCCAGCAGCUGUCUCACCUGCUGGACGUCCAGAUCACGCCGGAGCAGGUGGUCCUUUCCCACAGUCCUUUGCAGAUGAUGAAGAGUUUCCACGAUAAAUGCGUCCUUGUGUCUGGACAGGGGCCGGUGACACACAUCGCCAACACUUUGGGUUUUCAGAGGGUGAUGACCAUGGAGCAGCUCUCAGAACACCACCCCCUGCUGGACAUGGUGGACCACAGCAGGAAUCCCACACUUCCUUCAUCUCCACCACAGAGUCUCCCCCAGAUACAAGCGAUCAUCCUGUUUGGGGAGCCAGUCAGAUGGGAGACCAAUUUGCAGCUGCUGAUUGACGUGCUUCUGACCAAUGGCAGGCCAGAGUGUGGGUAUGACACCCAGCUUUCACCACAGCUGCCAGUCUUAGCCUGCAACACGGACUUGCUGUGGAUGGCUGAGGCCCCAUCACCACGGUUUGGCCAUGGGAUGUUCUUACUGUGUCUGGAGUCAGUCUACAGGAAGCUGACGGGUCGGGAACUGGAGUACAAGGCACUGCUGGGAAAACCCAGUCUGGUAACCUACCAGUAUGCUGAGCAGGUGUUGCGACAGCAGAACUGCAACCGCAGGCUGAACACCAUCUAUGCCGUGGGUGACAACCUAAUGACGGACAUCUAUGGUGCUAACUUGUACAACCGUUACCUGGGUCAGCGGCAUGCUGCUGUGACAACCACCACCAGGCUGGUUGCCCGGGGAAUGGGAAGUGAGGUGAUGGCAGAGGAGGAGCCAAUGUCUGCAAUUCAGUGCCACUCUAUCCUGGUGUGCACAGGUGUCUACAAUCCCCGUUUCCCACUGCCUAGUGACCAGAAUAGCAGCAUCAUGGAGACGGUGUUUCACGGUCACAGAGACCUGGUACCGGAGCCUGACCUGAUGGAGCCGAGUUACAUGGUGGAGGACGUGGAGGCUGCUGUGGACCUGCUGCUGCAGCAGGAGGGCUCUGACCUCUGACCUUCACAACGGGAAACCUGCACCUGGUUCUCAUCAACAUACUCCUCUGCCUUUAAUCAGAGCUGGUGCUAAAUUAGAUUGCCUGGAGGGACACACUCUCUCCUACUCUGAUUGGUUGUUUCGUUGGAAAAAGUCCUGAUCAUCAGUGUGUUGAAUAAAGUUUAGAAAUCUCUGAA